AUGGAGAAGCCACCGACGAGUGGCCAUGUGUCUUCCGCAACGCUGUUCAUUAGCGUUUUCUGCAUGCUCGCUGUUGCUAUUGUGAUCUCAGUUUUGAACAUGCAGUUGAACGAAGCUCAAGAGCGAUUGGAGAGCCGAAUGGGCGCAUUUAAAUAUGCUGCACGCAAUAUUUGGCAAGACAUAAUGAUUGUAAAGAGUAAUGGAAGAAUUAAACGUCAGUACGGUGGAUAUGGGGACUCUCAGGCGGAUAGCCAGCAAUGCACAUCAUGUGUGCAAUUAAGAUGCCCUCCAGGACCACCGGGACCACCAGGUGUUGCAGGAGAGCCAGGAAUUGAUGGAGCUCCAGGAAGAACCGGAAAACCUGGAUUGGAUGGCCUUGAUGUUCCUCUUGAUCCAGAACCAGCAUUCCCAUGUGUUAUUUGUCCGGCUGGACCGCCAGGAACUAGAGGACCGCAGGGUGAAGUCGGACGGCCAGGAACUCCCGGAGAGCCUGGACAUCCGGGACUCCCAGGAAGACCAGGAAAGCCAGGACGUGUUGGAGAUGCUGGACCACAGGGACCACCAGGAGAGCCAGGAGAGCCGGGAAUCAAGGGACCACCAGGAGAUGAUUCUAUUGGAGGAACUGGAAUUAAGGGACCGCCUGGACCACCAGGACCUCGUGGACCAAAAGGACCACCAGGAGCGAACGGUCUUCCAUCGCAGAACAGUGGACCACCAGGACCUAUUGGAGAAAUGGGACCACCAGGUCCUCCAGGACCACGUGGAGAGCCAGGACCUCCAGGACCAUUUGGGCCCCCAGGAGAUUCCGGUGAACCAGGAGGUCAUUGCCCAUCAUCGUGCGGAGUUCAAGAAAUCGUUGCCCCAUCCGUCACUGAGCUUGAUACGAGUGACGAUCAGGAGAGACCUGCACCAAGAGGAGGAUAUGGUGGAGGCGGAUACGGCAAAAAAUAA